AUGCAGGGAGGACUCCAGUCACUGCUAGUACUGCUGGUGCUGGUGGUAGCUGCAGCUGGUGCUACAUCAACCAGCCACGUGAGCAUCAGGUUUGGUAACGUGGGCAGCAUCCAGUACAGCUACGGCCUUGGACCGUCCCACCCUCCCCCGUCAUACCGACCCACAACACCGACUCCGUUAGUCAAGCCAACAACACUAGACCUAUCCUAUGCACCCAGGCUAACCCUGUCUAACACAUCUGCUCCAUUAACCAGUACUCAAACUAUUUACCACACUAAUCUGUCCUACCGUCGAUUCCCUUCCUACCGUCCAGCUCUAUCUUCCAACCCAGCCUUGUUCUACCGUCCAGUACUUUCCAAUACUUACAUCGAGGCAUCCAUCCCAACCUGUGCUGGCCUCACCAACUCCACCUGGUGCCUUGAAGAUGAACGAUACCCUGAGAAUGCGAUCAAGCGUGCUAUUCAGAAUCACUUGGAUAAUUUUAAUUCCCUUUACACCGACUUAGUCGAAUUUGAGACCGAGCUCUCUAUAGAGCGACUCAACACUAUAAAUAAGACUUACCUCUGCCCCUCAAAGACCUCCUACAUCCACCCUCUCCGAGCCCAGAAUACGGAAGGCAAGUGGCUCAUCAUCGUUAACAACAUCGGUGUCAGCUACAAGACUUACAUUCAGACCGUUCGCAUUGAAGAGUGUCUCACUGAUAAUAACCCCUGUCCUCUGGUGCCAAUGUGUUAUGAUUCCAAGUGCCUGCAGAAGUUCAUCUACCAGCGCUUUCUCGUCUUCGACCCUUACGAUUUGUCUUUUCCUUUUGCAAUCGAGACCUUUAAGCUACCCGCCAGCUGCGCCUGCCUGCUGGACUCCUUCAACAUCCAUUAAGAUGUCUUAUAUUAAUAAAUUGUAUUUAAUAUUUAAUUUAGGCAACGAAUGUAACAUUAACGAUAUAUCAAAGUUAAUAGCGGUGAAAAUUAAUAUCUCUCAUUUUGCUAGUGGCGGUGCGUAAAGCAGUUCUCUACUCAUCCGACAUAUUGACUUACCUGUCCAUUGUUGCUCAUAAUAUUCAAUAUAUUUUAGAAUUCAAGUCUAAACUUCCUUAUGGAACCUCAUGUCAGUGUUACAACCCCCAAGUCAACCUUGUAACCCGUGGCGCCAACCUUAUAUAACCCACCAUAUCAGACAUGUAACUUUUCACGUCAGCCGUGCAGCACAUCAUGUCAGCCUUGUAACUCAGCAUGUCAACCUUAUAACCCUUCACGUCAACCUUGUUACCCAACACGGUAGUCUUGUAAUCCUUCACGUCAGCCUCGUAACCUUUCACGUCAGCCUUAUGAUCCUUCACGUCAGCCUUGUGAUCCUUCACGUCAGC